CCAAAAUGCCCCUCCAAGCAGCCCAGCAGCCCAGCAGCCCAGGUCCCAAACUGCCGGGACUAGUGGCUUCUGUGUUGGGGGGCAGUGUGGGGUACCGAGUACUGCGUUCCGUGGCUGUGCUAAUUCUUACCCGUUAGUCUCUGCCCAUUUCACAUUUUACUCGUCCCGAAUCGCCCGUCUUUCAACCUCCCGUCACAACCCCCCACCCCGGCUCAACGACCUCACAUCACCAGUCUGGCUCUGCUGCCAUACUGACCGCGCCAUUGACCUGGAUGGGGAGCCAUGACCAUGCACUCAACAUCAAUUGGGCGGUGCUUGGUCUCUCCGGCUCACUAGUCAAGUAGUCAAGCAGGUAAGCAGGCAAUCUCCACAUCGGCCCGGCAUGAGGCUCAUCAACCUCGACACUCUCGCCCUCGAGAGUUUCAUCGGCUAUGGCAAGAUCCCCCCAUACGCCAUCCUGUCCCACACCUGGGGCCCAGACGAAGUCAGCUAUGCCGACAUUACCACCAAGCCCCGGGAGGAGCUGGAGCAGAGGGCCGGCUACCAGAAGAUCCUCAAGUUCGGCCAGUUCGUCAGGGACGCCGACUACUCAAAGCCGGCCGGGAGGGAUCCUCGGUAUGACGGAGACCGCAGGAGCGGCCGCAAGUACAAUGCCUCCCCCGUGCGGCCCGCCACCCAGAGGCCCACCCACAUCUGGGUCGACACGUGCUGCAUCGACAAGUCCAGCAGCUCAGAGCUCUCCGAGGCCAUCAACUCCAUGUUCGCCUGGUACGAGGAGGCCACCUUCUGCGUCGCCUUCCUCGACGACUACGACCAUCCCAGCGACGCACCCCCCAGCCAGGUUGAUCUCGACAGGGACGCUUUCAAGCGCCGCAGGUGGUUUACGAGGGGCUGGACGCUGCAGGAGCUGCUUGCCCCGGCGCACUUGUACUUUGUCGACAAGAACUGGGUCUAUCUUGGUGCCAAAUCCGGCCUUAGUGAUUUGAUAGAAGCUGCUUCCGGGAUCCACACCGAGUUCUUAAUGAACGGGCUCUGGCGGAGGGCCAAUAUCGCCAAGAGGUUGUCGUGGGCCGCCAAGAGGGAGACCACCCGGCCCGAGGAUCUGGCCUACUGCCUGCUGGGGAUUUUUGACGUCCACAUGCCGCUCCUAUAUGGCGAGGGCGGCCAGAGCGCCUUUGUCAGGCUGCAGGAAGAGAUCAUCAAGGAGUUUGACGACCACUCCAUAUUUGCCUGGGGCAGGCGGAACCAGGCCAAGGACGGCCCCUGGAACGAGUCCCCCAACGUGCACAUCGGCGCAUUGGCAUCGCACCCGUCACAGUUCCUAGGCCUGGACAACCUCCAGACCUACCCGGGCGAGGAGGAGGAGCCAUACACGGUCACCAACAAGGGCAUCAGGAUCCUCCUGCCGAUAGUGGAGAUCGACAACAAGACCAAGAUCGCAAUCAUCCGGUGCCAUACGGGUGAGCCGCACGGGGGCUUCAUGGGGAUAUACAUCGAGGACUGCGAGGACAGGCCCGGGGUGCACUGCCGCUCCUCGGGCAAGAUGGCCCUGGCCUGCGUGUCGGACAACGUGGCACAGAUGGCCGAGACGAAGCUCGUCUUCCUCCUCAAGAAGACGACCCUCAAGCACGAGAGCAUCGAGACCAUGCCCAGCAUCUCCAGCAUCUCGGUCACGGCCGCGCACAACAGCGGCUACGACAUCGUCUCCGCGGCGCCCGAGGAGCUCUGGGACACCAAGGACGGGACGCUGACGCUGCGGCGGCGCGGGCGGCUCACCGCCACGGCGCUCAUUAGCAUGGACAGGCUCAACGGCAAGGGCCCCCGGCAGCCCGGCGGCGCCAAGGAGUACUUCGUGCUGCUGCUGCGGGUCGACCCGUCCAGCCGCUGGGGGUUCCCCGACGUCGGGCUCGUGGCGUGGCGGAGGGCGGGCAAGGCCCAGACGAGGGACCUGGAGCGGUGCCACCUUACGAACCAGGACUCGGUGAGGCCGCACACGGCGCAGCUGAGGCUCAGGGGGAGGUACCUGCGGACUGUGACGGCCAAGGUGGGGAUUGAGAUGGUUGGGGAGGAGCGGACGUAUGUUGUUUCGCUCAUGAGGGAGUGAAGAGGUGGGAGGGGGGUGGGGUGGUGGUCUUUGUGUGCUGUUUGCUCUGCUGCGAGACAAAAAGUCGCUUGGGUAUGCUAUUUGGGACUGUAAGGCGUUGGGCAGGAUCAAAUCACCUAUGUACAUACCCUGGGUAUGUAGUUAAAUUUUGUGAGGCUGUGCGCGUCUGCUUGGACUUUCUUUGCCGUGCUCUCUCCAUGCCGGUGACAGACGUGUGAAAAG